ACAGCAAAAGAAACACUAUCCAAAAGAGAAUCAAUUCAAAAUGAGCUACACAAUCACCACCCCCCCAUCCACCCUCCUCCCCCCCACCAGCGCCGCCAUGAUCUCCUUCCUGGAGAACUUCUACCGCAUCAGCGACACCGAAUCCCUGCACAACGAAUACGUGACGAACUUCACCGAAGAUGCGACGCUCAUUAUGGGCUCGAAGGUUGCGAAGGGGUUGGAUGAAAUCCUCACCCUCCGCCACGGCCUUUGGACCCACGUCGCACGCCGCAAACACACCCCCGAACGGGUAUAUUUCGGCGCGGAGCGAGAACUCAUGCUGUAUGGGACGGUGAAGUAUGUGCUGAGGAAGGAUGUGGAGGCUGGAAAGCCUGAUGAGGAGAUUGAGGUGCCUUGGGCUGGGAGGGUCGUGUUUGAUGAGAAGGUCGAGAAAAUGCGGUUUUAUCAGGUUUAUUUGGAUCCGACGGCGCAGGGUGGGAAGAAAUAGGUACUUAAGUUGGGAUUGAGGAGUAGGUUGUGGGGUUUAGAAGGGGAGGGUAUCAUGUGUUGGGUAGAUGUAGGUGGGUGGGCACUGACUGCAUGGUGUAUAUAGUUGUUACUUGUAUAUGAUUGUAUGCAUUACAUUGUUUUUAAGGUCGUU